GGCUUGGCCAUUCUCCCACUUAUUCAAUACAAUAAAACUUUUCAGGGGUUUGGUUGGCUGUAAACCUAUUCCUUUAAAUAACCAUUACAGUUUGAACAGCCAUUACAGCCUGAUUCCUCAAAACCUGUGAAUAGCUAUUCAAUGCCACCUCCUCUGAAUAGUUAUUCAAAGCUUUCAGUAAUAUACAAAAUUAUUUUUCUUUCCUUUUCUACCCAUCUCACAUCAUUUUGAACUCCCAACUCCCAUAUGAGAUUUUUUCAACAAAUUUUAAAGAUUAUGCGAGUAUGAAAUUUCUCUUUUUUAUAUAAACUUUCUCUUCUUUUACUUUCUCUUUACUCUCACCAUUCCCCCAAUAUACCCGUGUAGAACGUUUGGAGUGAGCAGGAAGAGGGGUUUGAAAGAACAGCAGAAGCAGCCAUGGCGAAGAAGAUCAGCGUAACAAAGAAAGCCUUGAUUCCAGGUUUAAUCAAAUCCUCAAGAAUGUCCAAGGCUAGAACAAUAUUUGAUGUUGACAUUGACAAUUUUGAAUAAAAGCCGUGGAAAUAUCCUGGUGUUGAUCUUUCAGGCUUCUUUAACUUUGGUCUAAAUGAGGAGAGCUGGAAAGAUUAUUGCAAACAACUGGUAAUUACUACAGUGAUUCUUUAUAUUUAGUUCUUGUCGGAACUAAGAUCUUGGAACGUUCAAUGUUGAAAUCUUCUAGGAACAACGUCGCUUGGAGACAACUAUGCAAAGCAAAAUUCGUGUUUAUGAAAAUGGGCAAACAGAGCAGAUAAAUUAGGGUUAUGAUCCAGAUUUGCCUCCAGAAUUGGCAGCAGCAACUGGGCAAGAGACUUCAGCUGAUACUGCUAAUCUUGGAAGGUCAAAUGGAGGAUCUUCGAGGAGAUCUUGCAUCUGAAGCUGAUAUUGCGCAUGAAGAUACUGAAUAUGUUAAUGGUUUUCCAGAUGCUUAUAGCAGCCGAAAGAGGGAACUAGUUGAAAGAACUAUGAACUCUAUUCAGACUAAUGUGCCUGAAGAUGAUGGCAUUUUGCCCUUCUGUGGGGAAAUAUCACGCCCAUAUGGUCCUGGAUUUAGGAGCCAGAGUCCUAUGUAUCAUAACGGAAACUUUGGCAGUCCUCGUGAUGAGAGGCAUAGGCAGGGAAGAGCACGUGAGAGAUCCCCUCACAUGACACCUAGUCGAGGUAAACGGGACAAGUUAAGUGAUACCCAUUCCCAUGAGGAAUCUGUUGAAAGCAUGGAUCACAAAUCUCCUCUUCUCGUUAAGGAUGACGUUGAUGAUGAGCUUGAGCCAACUGAUAGAAGCCCUGUUACAGAAAAGGACUUUGAGCUUGAGCCAGCUGAUAGAAGCCCUGUUACAUAACUCGACAAAGUACCGCUACUGAGUAUUCUUACAACCUAUAGUUGAUCAGAAUGUAGAAUGUGUGUCGUUUGCAAUGCUUGGUUGCAUGAAUGUGUAGGAUAAUCCAAUUUGAGAUGAAACUUUGAAAUAUAUAUUUUAUGUGCUAUUUUGAUGCUUUUUUACAGUAUAGCACCUUAGUUUGGAGUAACUUUCUUUACAGUUUGAUAAGGAACAAGUGUUUUAAUUUAACUAUAUAAAAAUAUAAAUGAUAUGUUUAUAAAAA